AUGUCAUGUGUGGUCUGCUCGGGCUUGUGCUUCAGCGUCUCUUCCGCUCUCCUCAAGUACAUCGGCCCCGCCCUGCCCGUGACUGAGAUCAUCCUGGCCAGGAGCGUGAUCUCCAUGACCUGCGCUGUGGUCCUGUCUUUUGCGCGGCCGGCAGGAGCCCCGCCCCUGUUUGGACGGCGGGAGCAGUAUGGCAUCCUGCUCAUACGAGGCAUCCUGGGAGCAACUAGUCAAAUAGCGGUGUACCUGGCGGUGCUGGCCCUGCCACUAGCGGACAGCACCAGCAUCCUCUUCCUGGCCCCGGCCCUGACCGCAGCGCUGGCGUGGCUGGUGCUGGGAGAGCCCGCGGGCCAGCACACCCUGGUGGGCUGCACCACCUGCCUGCUGGGUGUGUUCAUCGUGGCGCAGCCGCCCUUCCUGGUCGGCAUGCUGACCGGGCGGCCCGUGCCCUGGACGCGAGAGCGGCUGCUGGGCGUGGGGGCCGCGCUGGCAGGGGCCUUCCUGACGGCGGGGGCCUAUGUCGUGAUUCGCCAUGUCGGCAAACAAACCGUCCCGCUCACAAUGUCGGCCUGGUUCUUUUCUGUCAGCUUCUUCACCAUCCUGCCGGCUGUUGCCCUGUCGUUUCCCGGCCCACUCUUGCUGCCCUCCCCGCUCCAAGCUUUGACCCUGGUGGGCAUCGCCUUGACCUCCUUCCUGGCCCAGCUGCUGAUGGGCCGGGGCUUGCAGCUCAUGCCUGCAGCAAAGUGUGCCAAUGUCAACCUCAUGCAGGUGGUGUAUGCCAGCCUCCUGGGACUGGCCUUCUUCGACGAGGCCAUCAGCUGGCUGCAGGUGCUUGGUGCUGUAUUCCUUGCGGUGGGUAUCCUGGAGGUGAAUCGCCAGAAGAUCAGUCUCCUCAAUGUUGCAGCCUCCGAGGGGCAUGCAGCGAUCCACGACCCAGAGGGGCAGCACCUGCUUGGGGCUACUUCCGACCAGGAUGAAGACGGCCUGCCCUCUAAAGUGGUGGAGGGUGUCCACUCACUCCUGCUGCCGCUGAAACACGAGCCUCAUAGUGGCCAGCAGGGGAGCCCCUUGCACUGA